AUGUCUGGAUCAGACCCACAUGCGAAAGACCCCGAGGAGCAGCAGGGUGUUGCUGAGACUCAACAAGAUUUGCCCGAGGGGGACGAGGAGUAUGUCGAGGAGGAAGAUGGCGUAGCCGAAAAAGUCAGUGAAGAAGACACUGACGAGGGCGAGUACGAGAGAACAGCGGAAGAUCACGAAGGCGACGAGGAACAGGAACAGGAACAAGAGGCAGAUAACCAAGAUGACGAGAAAGAUCAAGUCGACGAGGAUGAGGAACAGGAACAAGAAGCAGAUAACCAAGAUGACGAGAAAGAUCAAGUCGACGAGGAUGAGGAACAGAAACAAGAAGCAGAUAACCAAGAUGACGAGAAAGAGAGCCAAGUCAAAGGGAAAGACUACGACGAAAUGGACGAAUAUGCCGAAAAGGGGGAAUCCGAAGAACCCCGAGGCACGAAGCGAGGCACAACAGACAAAUUCCAAGAAGGUCCACGAAAGAAACAGAAAGGCCAGAACGGCAAAGCCAAGACCUCUAAUUCCUCCAAGGUUGAAACGUCCAAGCCAAACGAAGCCGCAGCCAACGGCAAAGUGGGCUCGAAGCACGAUGACCCCAAAGAUCCGGCCACCCAGGGGUCAGUGGACCGAUUGCCGAAGGAGGGGCAGCAGGUGCAGUGGAAAGCCUUGCCUGGGUACGUCGACGGAGAGGUAGUUGAGAUUCUGAGGGAGGCGAAGGAGGUCAACGGAAAGAGUGUUAAGGCUAGUGAGAAAGAUCCGAGAAUUGUUCUGAAGAGCAGCAAGUCGGGGAAGGUUUGUGUACAUAAGCCGGAGGCUGUGUAUUUUGAUGAUUGA